CACCUCUCCCGCCUCCGCCGCCCACCCGCCUGCUCCCUCGACGGCGAGACAGACUCAAUUGCGCUCCGCGGCUGGGUCUGCGUGCUCAAUUGCUCCUCAGACUUUAAUUCUCGCACCCCCAAUACAAAACGCGCGCCCGCCGCCAGUCCUCCCCCGCCAUCCAUAUCCCGCCGCCUGCGACGCAGACAACUAUCGCUAGCUGCACAAUGGCCGAGAACACCGGCGCCACGCCGCCGAACCACCUUGGCACCAAUGUCCCCAGCGGCGGACUCGACGAGAAGAACAAGGAGUACGACAACGAGAAGAGCAUGCCGCCCGCCAAGGACGGGCUCGAGGAGGACGAAGACGACGAGGACAUCGACGCUCUGAUCGAGGAGCUCGAGUCGCAGGAUGCCGCCAUUGACUACGAGGAGGACGAGGUCGCGCAGCCCGGCGGCGCCCGUGUCGUUCCCGAGGAGCUUCUGCAGACCGACACCCGCCUAGGUCUCACAACCAACGAGGUCCAGUCGCGUCGGAAGAAGUACGGCCUGAACCAGAUGAAAGAGGAGAAGGAAAACCUGAUUCUCAAGUUUAUGAUGUUCUUCGUCGGCCCCAUCCAGUUCGUCAUGGAGGCCGCCGCCGUGCUCGCUGCCGGUCUCCAGGAUUGGGUCGACUUCGGUGUCAUCUGCGCCCUGCUUUUGCUCAACGCCUGCGUUGGUUUCAUCCAGGAAUUCCAGGCCGGUUCCAUUGUUGCCGAAUUGAAGAAGACGCUCGCUCUCAAGGCCACCGUUCUCCGUGACGGCGCCCUCACCGAGGUGGAGGCUCCCGAGGUCGUGCCCGGUGACAUCCUCCAGGUCGAAGAAGGUACCAUCAUCCCCGCCGACGGCCGCAUCGUCACCGAAGAUGCAUUCCUCCAGGUCGAUCAGUCCGCCAUCACUGGCGAGUCUCUCGCUGUCGACAAGCACAAGGGUGAUGUCUGCUACGCCUCCUCUGCUGUCAAGCGUGGUGAGGCUUUCGUUGUUAUCACUGCCACUGGUGACUCCACCUUCGUCGGUCGCGCCGCCUCGCUCGUCGCCAGCGCCUCCAGCGGAACUGGCCACUUUACCGAGGUGCUCAACGGCAUUGGUACCGUCCUCCUGAUCUUGGUCAUCCUCACUCUCUUGAUUGUCUGGAUCAGCUCCUUCUACCGCUCCAAUCACAUCGUCCACAUCCUCGAGUUCACCCUCGCCAUCACCAUUAUUGGUGUGCCUGUCGGUCUUCCUGCCGUCGUCACCACCACCAUGGCUGUCGGUGCCGCCUACCUCGCGAAGAAGCAGGCCAUCGUCCAGAAACUCAGCGCUAUCGAGUCGCUUGCUGGUGUCGAGAUUCUCUGCUCGGACAAGACGGGUACCCUUACCAAGAACAAGCUGUCUCUCGCUGAGCCCUACACUGUCGCCGGUGUCGAGCCCGAGGAUCUCAUGCUUACUGCUUGCUUGGCCGCUUCUCGCAAGAAGAAGGGUAUCGAUGCCAUCGACAAGGCUUUCCUGAAGUCGCUCAAGUACUACCCUCGCGCAAAGUCCGUCCUCAGCAAGUACAAGGUCAUCGAUUUCCACCCCUUCGACCCCGUCUCCAAGAAGGUGCAGGCUGUCGUCGAGUCUCCCCAGGGCGAGCGCAUCAUCUGCGUCAAGGGUGCCCCGCUUUUCGUGCUCCGCACUGUCGAAGAGGACCACCCCAUCCCCGAGGCCGUCGAUGAGGCGUACAAGAACAAGGUCGCCGAGUUCGCUACUCGUGGUUUCCGUUCCCUCGGUGUCGCUCGCAAGCGAGGUAACAACGCCUGGGAGAUCCUCGGCAUUAUGCCCUGCUCUGACCCGCCCCGCCAUGACACUGCCCGCACCAUCAACGAGGCCAAGACUCUCGGUUUGUCCAUUAAGAUGUUGACUGGUGAUGCCGUCGGUAUUGCUCGUGAGACUUCUCGUCAGCUCGGUCUUGGUACCAACGUCUACAAUGCUGAGCGUCUUGGUCUCGGUGGUGGCGGUGAGAUGCCUGGUUCUGAAGUCUACGAUUUCGUCGAGGCUGCCGAUGGUUUCGCCGAGGUCUUCCCGCAACACAAGUACAACGUUGUCGAGAUUCUGCAACAGCGUGGCUACCUCGUUGCCAUGACUGGUGACGGUGUCAACGAUGCUCCUUCGCUGAAGAAGGCAGAUACCGGUAUUGCUGUCGAGGGUGCCUCCGACGCCGCUCGUUCCGCAGCCGAUAUCGUCUUCCUGGCCCCCGGUCUCUCUGCCAUCAUCGACGCUCUCAAGACCUCUCGCCAGAUUUUCCACCGCAUGUACGCGUACGUUGUCUACCGUAUUGCCCUGUCUCUCCAUCUUGAGAUCUUCUUGGGCCUAUGGAUCGCCAUUCUUAACACCUCCCUCAACCUGGAGCUCGUUGUCUUCAUCGCCAUUUUUGCUGACAUUGCUACCCUCGCCAUCGCCUACGACAACGCUCCCUUCAGCAAGACUCCAGUCAAGUGGAAUCUGCCCAAGCUUUGGGGUAUGUCUGUCCUUCUCGGUGUUGUUCUCGCUAUCGGCACCUGGAUCACUCUCACCACCAUGUUUCCCUACCAGGAUCUUCCCAACGCUGCCGGUCAGGGUAUCAGCGGUGGUAUCGUCCAGAACUUUGGUGUCCGCGAUGAGGUUCUCUUCCUGGAGAUCUCCCUCACCGAGAAUUGGCUCAUCUUCAUCACCCGUGCCAACGGCCCCUUCUGGUCGUCCAUCCCGUCUUGGCAGCUCUCUGGCGCCAUUCUUAUUGUCGACGUCAUUGCCACCUUCUUCUGUCUCUUCGGUUGGUUCGUCGGCGGCCAGACCAGUAUUGUUGCUGUUGUCCGUAUCUGGAUCUUCUCUUUCGGUGUCUUCUGCGUCUUGGGCGGUCUCUACUACCUCCUCCAGGGUAGCCAGGGCUUCGACAACCUCAUGCACGGCAAGUCUCCUAAGAAGGACCAGAAGCAGAGGUCACUUGAAGACUUCGUUGUCUCAUUACAACGUGUCUCGACACAGCACGAGAAGAGCGCAUAGAGUCGCUUUGUAUCCAAAGUAAUCUAAUGAUAUUUAUGUCGAUGCGGAGAUGCAGCACGAGGGCCCUCGUCCUCUAAUAGAAAGAAAAGUUCAAAACAGCACAGGCGCCACGAUGGGCACAGCUCUCUAGGGCUUGCCAUUCGCGUUCAACCUGACCUUGCACCCACUCAUUUCAUUUCUCUGUUGUGUUUUUCACUAAUAUCUGCGGCGCGCUGAAAGUGGAGAGUGCGGCAGCCUGUGCGAGUCUUCGUGUACAACCUAGAAUGGGAGGGGAAUGGAAGAGUGGGAGCACCAUCUGCCUGUCUUGCUUUCGUG